GACUGUUUGAAGAACGAACGCAAAAUGGAUAUGGAUGUCGUGUAUGGGCGAAACGAUUUCACACAGAUCAAACGCACAUGUGUGUCGUGUAUGGGCCCCAUUAGUCAAAUAUUUUUAAUCUUAUGCACCAUGCUGUCACCUCUAACAACAAUUCUUUUUUCUGGAUAACUAUAAUUGCCUGUCCAAAUGCUACGUUAUUUUAACAAUUUUUUACGAAACUAUUUCUAAAUAAACAUUUCGCAUUCGGCUUUGUUAAUGCUAACAAAUACAAAGUAUUUUUAGUCAAAAUCUAUUGCCAAUCGAGUUGAUUCGCUCCUAACCACCAUGAAAAGAGUAGACUUUGAAGAUACCAACGACCUCCCUAUUAACGUAAUGUCGAGUGUUAUAAGCUGUGUAACACCAUCAACUAAUUUUCAUUGGCUACCGGCAAGAACAGAUAAUUUAUCCACAAUAACUGGUCGAACUCUGUGCAGUAAAAAAACAAUUACUCCUGAAGUUUUGUCUUUGGCUCCACCGCUUAUGGAUUUCGAAGAUGAACUUAUUUGGUUUGAAAAUAGAGGGGACAGUAAUGAGAUUGUGUCAUAUGAUAACUCGAACUGCAUUGAUGCAUACUCUAAACACCUUUUAACUCUUGCUUUUUGCCAGCCUUUAACACCUCAUGAACAAAAAACAUUGUUGGAAGAUGUUAUGAAGCAUACAAACUUUAUUUAUCAAAUAGGAUUAACUCCAUCCAAGUUGCCCCAAUUAGUAGAAAAUAAUCCACUUAUAUCAAUAGAAAUUUUGCUGAGGCUUAUGAAAACGGUCGAAAUAACGGAAUAUUUUAAUGUUUUGGUACAAAUGGACAUAACACUACAUUCAAUGGAGGUUGUUAACAGACCAUGCAGACAACGGACAACCAAAAAAUCUGUCGAAGGACUGACGACGACAAAGCAUCACAACAUUUUCUUUGUUGUAGAGUAGAAAAACCGAGUUUUGCCGAACAUCUUUGCCUACAAAUCAUCGUAAUUAUGAAUAAUAAUGUAAGAGCAUGCAUUUAGUACCGGCGCAGACUUUUGACAACCGCCGAAAAAUAUUUGCAGCUUAGUUUCCCGGUAGGCGUAAUAUUCCAUCAUAUAAUACAUUCCAUAGUAUUGGACCCAAUGUGAAGCCCUGCUGUUCGCCAACUAUCACAAGUAGC